CACAAAUACCGGAAGUUUACAGUCACAUGACAGGAUGUGAACAUGUUUAUAUUUUGCAAUACAAAUUGACCAAUUUUUUUCCCUUAUGAGUUGCAAUGGACCCACGACAGCCAUCACGACAUCUCAGUGCUCCUGAAGUGGACUUCACUCGAAGCAUGGAUGAGGACUCCAUGGUGGACGGUCCUCUGAUCUCAGCUGAUGCCCUGCACUCUGCUAUCAGGAGAGAGUUUCAGACGCUACCCACACCCUGCCAUGCUGCUCUGCUCUCUGUGCUGCAUGUGGUGUAUGUCACUUUAUCAGUUUUGGUGGCCAUUAUGUGCAUUCUAAAAGAAGACGAUGUAGAACAGUGUAACAGCAUCUUGCAGUCUGUUGGAGGAGAGGGUGCCAUAGUGUUUGGUAAAGUUUUUCUAUGGGUAUUUGUUCUGCUGUUUACAAUCUGCGCCAAGUACCACCACCGGCAGGCCAGAACCAGGGGCUACCUAAAAUUCUACAGACGCAUCCAAGAAGUAAUCCACCUGCCUCUGGUUUUUCACUCUGGGGGCAAUGCCAUGCUGCUGUGGAUUUUGGUUUCAAAAAUACCACAGGAUCUGAAAACAUACCUUGUGCUUGCUGUUCUGGCGACGGAGCUGCUGGUGGUGUUACCAUGUUUAGUAUAUUAUACAGUUAAAGUGGUGCAGUUUAAUCAGGAGAGAGCGGCGCCUGAUGUGAGCCAAGAGGAGCAUUCGCACAACUUCAGCGUGACCAGUGUGCCAAUAGAGACUGGAUUCAGGGAGGGCUCCAGUCUGGCUGAGGUGGUGGACAAGCAGGCCGACCUGAUCGAGUAUCUGAAACAACACAACACUCUGCUGAGCAGGAGACUGCUCAAUCUCACUGCACAGCACUAGUCUGUGCUAGCCUUCUGUUUAUCAUUUUACUAACUGGAAAAAAGUAGAUGGUGUGGGUAUUCUAAGAAAGACUGUGGAGGAAAAGCACUGCUGAAGACUUGCACCUGUACGCACUGACUUGUUGGAGCCUCCUCACCUGUGCUGCUCAAAUAACACAGAAGGUGGAGAACCGUUAAGGAGGUUAAGUGGGAGGAGGACAAGAGGAGUCAGGGGUCACAGAUCACAGAUCACAGCCCGAGGCUUUUAUCACUGUUCUAUGACCCUCAGUGACCCGCGCAAACUACUGCUGCUGCUCAGACUGUGGGAAUGCACUGUUUUAGACAUGAUCUGCACUAUACUGUCUCCCAGGAGAGCUCUUUGAAAACAUGGGGUACUGUUUAUUUGUUUAUGACAGUUUUUAUACUACUUUAUAUGCUCAGUCUCAUCUGAUUAUUUUUCUAACUUGGAAAAGUUCUGUGUUGUGGUUGUAAUAAAAUAUAUUUCUUAAUUUCA